ACACACUCUCCAAUCUCUCUUUCCUUCUAAUUUCCUCAUUUCUCUCUAUCUGUCCCUGCAAAAACCCCUAAUCCAAGAUAUGGCCGUUGUACCACAGAAGGUGGCACAGCAAUACAGAGACAAUGUGACUCCUCGCAGUGGUAUCGUCGGUGACAACGUUGCUUCUUAUGGUCUCACUGACAACCCGAAGGCUUCUCGUAGCCUCGCCGGAGACAACCCAGGCAGCGGUCGGCCAUAUGGGAGCACGGACGACAGUUUGGCGGCUCGUGUGCUUGGCGACAUCCGCCACGGCGGCUCCCAACAGAGUCGUUUCCCCGACAACACCUUGGCUGCUCGUGUACUCGGAGACAGCCGUGCACUUCAACAGACUCGUUCGUAUGGAGCUUCCGAUGAGAACAUGUUGAGGAACCAGAUUCUCGAAACUCACGACACCGACAGUCGCUCGUUCGCUGUGAGACCUGUUCUUCACAUCAUUGAGGUCAUUUUCCACCGAGCCACUGCUGAUGUCCCCGGAAGCAACACUCAGAUAUCCCUAUUAACUGUGGAUCCUGUGGAUGAGAAGGCACUCCAUGCUGGCCUUCAAGAUAUGCUUGAACUUCCUACCAGAAUCAUCAGUGCAAUUGCCUGCGAAGUAUUUUGCAAGUCAGUGGCUUCUGGAGACGUUCACAACACAACAAUGGAUAUACUCCGACUGGUGAGACACUACAAUUGGGAUGCCAAGGCAGUGUUAGCUGUUGCAGCUUUUGCCGUGAGCUACGGUGAAUUCCGGCUCGUUGCUAACCUUUACCCUACCAACCCAUUGGCCAAAGCAGUUGCACUCCUUAAGCAGUUGCCAGAGAUUUUGGAGCUUACGUCGGGAAGUUUGAAACCAAAGCUUGAGGCACUUUUUACUCUGGUAAGGGCCAAGGUGGAUGUCACAAAUGUUAUCGUCGAGUUCUUCGACAUCCAACGCGAUCAGUACUUUUCCGCUGAUUCACCUGAAACUGUUGCCUUCCUCACGCUUAUCCCUACUGCUGUUUACUGGGUUAUUAGAAGCACUGUGGUUUCUGCUUCACAAAUUCUUGGUCUCACUGGCAUGGGACAUGAGUACAUAUCCGAGGCAUGGGAACUAUCAUCAUUGGCUCAUAAGCUCAAAACCAUUCAUAGCCACCUUUCGGGUCAACUCGACCGCUGUUAUAGAUACAUCGAGAAGAAGAAAGACGAGGAAGCAUUCAAGGCGAUUUCAACCAUUUUGGAAUCAUCACACCUCGACAACUCUAAGCCACUGAGGGUUUUAUUUUAUGCCAAGGAUGAUCAGCCACCUCUCUAUGAUGGCCACAGCAAGAGAAGGGUGGGCAUUGAAGAGCUAAGAAGGAAAGUUGUGGUGCUAUUCAUUACUGGUCUAGAAAUACCACAAGAAGACUACACUAUCAUCCAUCAGAUGUACCAAGAAAAGAGGACAUAUCCAUUGAAGAACGAGUCUCAGUACGAGAUGGUUUGGGUCCCACUUGAGGAAAGCUGGACCCAACUGAUGUUGGACCGGUUUGAGAGGUCGAAAGAAGAAAUGGACUGGUUAUCUGUGUACCACCCAAGCGUGGUGUCUCCGGUGGUUGCCAGGUACAUCAGGCACCCAGAGAAAUGGAGGUUCAACAAGAAACCCAUCUUUGUUGUGUUGGACACCCAGGGUAGAGUGGUCCACAAGAAUGCCAUGCACAUGAUGUGUAUCUGGGGAAGCGUGGCUUAUCCAUUCUCUGAAACUAAGGAGAAAUUGCUCUGGGAAGAAGAAACCUGGAAGAUGGACCUCCUCGCUGAUGCCAUUGACCCACGCCUGACCAGCUGGAUCCAAAGUGGAAAAUAUAUAUGCCUGUUUGGAGGAGAAGAUAUAGAGUGGAUCCGCAAGUUUACAAGGUCAAUAAGAGAGACAGCAAGGGAAUCCAACAUUCCACUGGAGCUGCUUUACGUUGGGAAGACCAAACCAAAGGAAAGGAUCAUAAACGACAUCAACGCCGUCAUCGAAGCAGAGAAGCUGGCAACCACCAUGGAAUGGAGCUACAUCUGGUACUUCUGGCUGAGGAUAGAAAGCAUGUGGUACUCAAAGGGACAACUUCUAGCAGGGAAAAACGAGCUUGCCAAGAACGACCCCAUAAUGCUGGGAAUAAUUGCUCUGCUGAGCUUCGGUUCGGGGACACAAGGAUGGGCCUUGAUCAGCAGAGGUUCGCUGGAAAUGACAAAGGGUACUGGAGAGCACAUGCACACCGCGAUGGUGGAGCAUGGAAAAUGGAAACUGAAAGAGAAUGAGAUUGGUUUCGUUCCAGCACUGGAUGAGCACCUCAGAGAUCUUCGUAACAAAACACCACACCACUGCACCAGUCUCAUAUUGCCUGCCGUCGGAGCUAUGCCGGAAACUGUUGCUUGCGCCGAAUGCGGUCGCCUAAUGGAGAGGUUCACCAUGUUCCGCUGCUGCGCCGACUAAGAUUUUUAAUAUACUUAUAUGCAUAUGGGGAAGUCUAUGAUGAGAGAAUGAGAUCUUUUGCUGUUUUUUUAUGAUAUAAUCUCUACUACUAUAAAUUACUAGAGUUUGCUAUUUUGAUGAUAAUAAUUGCAAGAGUCUCUUCUCUCAUGUAUUGGCCCCUAUGAGGCUUAUUGUGUGACGUUAUAUAAUAUGAUGUACUAUUUCAUAUCAAUAAAAGUUCAAGUCUUUGUUUUUUUGGCAACAA